GAGCUAGAGAAAAAGAAUAGAUAUAUGUCAAAAUGACGACCAUUCCUCCACCCUUCUGCACGGUUUUUGUGUUCACCAGAUUUUCUCCAGAAGGAAUGGAAGCUGACGUCAAAAAAGUGAGGUUGACAUAUCUACUUUGGAUUCCAAUUCUCGUAUGCUGUGCGAUGUUAUUCUACGUAGACGUAUUCCAAGUCCAAUACUACAACAUCAUUCAAUCCAACCAAAUAUCAGACCUAAACUUGGACAAGAAAACACUAGAGGGCUUUCUCAUAAAUACCCCAGGAUGUCGAAUACCUGACAUGGACCCAUUUGACGAACACAUUAAAAAGUAUAUGGAGAUCCCCAAAGUCCCAUUAUGUAACAAGGGAAUACCCCCUUUGUUUGCAUCUAACCUGUCUUCCGUCUAUUUGUUAGAAUCUUCUAUGGAUGCUUAUGACGUAACGGAUAUUGAUGAGUUGAAGUGUUGUUACAAGCCGUUCUGGAGGAAAACUCCGACCGAAGGCCAAAAUGAUAAUAAGAUAACGUACAGCGAGAAUUGCUAUAAUUUCUCGAGAAGCGUAACUGUCAAGGAGGAAUGGAUCAAGAUCAUUUGUACUCAUAACGACAGUACCAUUUACGAAGACCUCUUUAGUUUCAUACCUGUCAAAAUACACGACACAACCACCUCAGGCGAUUCGUUGAACAUCCUCAUAUGGGGCGUGGAUGCAGUAUCUAGACUAAACCUACACAGACAGAUGCCAGAGACUGUCAAACAGCUCAAACAAAUCGGAGCUGUAGAGCUUCUGGGUUACAAUAAAGUAGGGGACAAUACCUUUCCAAAUUUGAUGCCAGUUCUAACUGGGAUGACAGAGAAGGAAUUGACGGAAAACUGUUGGCCCAAAGAAAACGCGUUCUUCGACGACUGCCCUUUCCUUUGGAAGGAUUAUAAGAAGAAAGGGUUCGUAACCGCAUACGGUGAGGAUUCCUCGUGGAUGGGGUUGUUCAACUACCAACGGAACGGUUUUCAAAACCAGACUGUGGACUAUGCUUACAACUAUUUCAAUAGAGAAAGUGAAAGAGCGCUGGGGAAUUCUCAUAACAUGAAUGUGGACGAAUGCGUGGGAGGUAGAUUGGUAUACAAGGAUUUCCUAGAAUACAUUAAACGAUUUGUGAUAACAAUGGACGGGAACAGUUUGCCUUAUUUUGGGUUCUUUUGGGCUGUCGGGCUAUCCCACGAUUAUUUGAACAAGCCCAAGCUUGGUGAUGGAGACUACGCCACAUUACUCAAAACUCUCAAAGAUGGUGGCCACUUAGAGAACACCGUUCUUAUUUUAAUGAGCGACCAUGGAAUACGAUGGGGCGCCAUAAGAGAAACGUUUCAGGGGAUGAUGGAGGAAAGACUGCCUUUUGUGUUCAUGGUGUUACCAGAAUGGUACAAAUACAAAUACCAAAAAGCUUAUCAGAACUUGAUGAUCAACGAACGUAGACUAACCACUCCUUUUGAUCUGCACGAGACCCUGCUGGAUUUGUUGCACCCGUUCAAUCUCACGGAGGAAAAUCUGGAAGCUUCAGGAACAUCCAAUAAGCGACCAAGAGGUGUUAGCUUUUUCAGAUCGAUCAGCAAAAACAGAACUUGCGAGGAAGCUGGUAUAGCGAGCCAUUGGUGUACUUGUCAGCAGAGUGUAGAAGUGGAUGCUAACGCAACGAACGUUUUGGAAGCAGCAGCUUUCGCUGUGGGAAAUAUGAACCAGCAACUCAAAGGAUACGCCCAGUGUGCCAUCCUCAACCUGGAUGCGGUGCUGAGCGCUAGACUGAUGACGCAUACUGAGGAGAUAACCGGUGAACAUAAAAUACAGGACUACAUGCUAACGCUGAGGACUCUGCCAGGUGCUGGUGUUUUCGAAGUUACUGUGAGGUAUAUGGAGGAGAAGAAUACUUACAGUAUUACGGGAACAAUAAGCAGAUUGAAUCUGUAUGGGCAACAGAGCUCUUGCAUUACAGAUUUUCAUCUGAAGCUGUAUUGUUAUUGUAAAAGCUUACUGUCGCAUGGGUUUUCGUGA